AUGAACUAUGGAAUCAGUGACAAUCCAAGACAUGUAGGCUUGGAACUAGGCUAUCUGAGAACUCUACAGUGUGUUGAAGCAACACUUGACAUGGACCAGAAGACUCUGAAGAAACUGGUGGAAUCCAUUAGUAAUACUGUCAAGAACUUCAAAAAAAGUGAAGUAGAAUGUCUCAUAAGACUUUUUCACAGCUUGGUGGAAAGAGCUAAUGUAAGACUUAAUAACCUUGGACUAGAUCGUAAUGCUUUUCGAGCGAUCCUGCACAGCGUAUUUGGAAUGACUGACGAUAUGCUAAUGAACAGGGUAUUUUUUGUGUUUGACAAAGACCACGAUAACUGCAUAAAUGUGAAAGAGUGGGUUAAAGGAUUAUCAGUGUUUCUUCGAGGGACUUUUGAAGAAAAGCUGAAGUUCUGUUUUGAAGUUUACUAUUUGAAUGGUGAUGGUUACAUUUCUCGAGAAGAGAUAUUUGACAUGUUAAAGAACAGUCUACACCAACAGUCAUCUGAAGAAGAGAAUGAUGAAGGAAUAAAAGAGUUGGUAGAUAUAACACUGAAAAAAAUGGAUUAUGACAACGAUGGCAAGAUAUCUUUUGCAGACUUUGAAAAAGCAGUUAGAGAAGAGAGACUUUUGUUGGAGGCAUUUGGACCGUGUUUACCAGAAGCAAAGAAUUGUAUUGAUUUUGAAGCCCUGGCAUUCAGACACAUCCUGAAUUCUAGUUUUUGA